UAUAAAAACAAAACCAAAGACUUAUCUCAAUCCACUCGCUAAUCGCCGCAGCAACUAGUGUCGUACCGUAUCCACUUUCUUCCAACUCCGCCCUUCUUCUUUCUCAAACAACCAAACAUGGUGGUGGCGGGUCUGUCUCCGGCCAUCUCCAUCUCCACCGCCACCACAACCCCCUCUUCCUUCCAUUCUCGCGCCUCAAAACCACUCUCUUCUUUUUUCGGCCUCCUCCACUCUCCCCAGCCCAAUCUCUCCAUCUCCGCCAGGAGGAACCGCUACAACACCACUCACUGUUGCCGCUGCUCCCUCAAUUCCGGCGAUACCUACGUCAAUUGGGAUUGGAACCGAUGGUGCCGCUAUUUCUCGGAAAUCGAACAGGCCGAGAACUUUGCCUCUGUCCUUAAGUUUCAACUUGAUGAUGCUGUAGAGAAGGAGGACUUUGAAGAGGCCAUUAAGUUGAAGAGGGCUCUUUUGGAAGCAACGUCCAAGGACACUGUUGCUAAAAUUAUGGAUCAGUUGAAGAGUGCUAUAGAUGAUGAACGAUAUCAUGAUGCUUCAAGAUUGUGUAAAUGCACUGGAAGUGGACUGGUGGGCUGGUGGGUGGGUUACUCAAAAACCACUGAUGACCCCUUUGGUAGAAUUAUACAUAUAAGUCCUGGCAUGGGUAGGUUCAUUGGCAAGAGUUACAGUCCAAGACAAUUGAUGACAGCAUCUAGUGGAACUCCAAUCUUUGAAAUUUAUGUGGUAAAAAAUGCUGAUGAUACGUAUCAUAUGCAGGUAGUGUAUUUGCGACAAGCCAAAGGAAAGUCAAAGAGAAACCCUCUAUCUCUAUCUGCUAAAGGCCCAUCCAAACCUGAGGUGGAUAAUGUAUCUUCAUCAGUUGAGGUGCAGGAAGAUGAAGAGAAGGUUGAAAGAAAUGAUGAGAAAAACAAUAACAUCGAGGCAGUAACUGAAGAGGGAAUUAAAAGUGUGAUAAAUUUUCUUAAAGAAAAAAUUCCAGGACUAAAAGUCAAAGUUAUGAAUGUUAAUGUUGAAGAGGAAGCAGCAGAGAACAAUGAUUCUAUUCAGCAAUUGAUGGAGGAUGAUAGUAAUAAAACUGGCACUGGUGAGAAUCAUGAAGAUGAAGUGGAUAAUCUCGAUGAACCUGAUGGGGUCACUCUAGACAGAGAUGGAGAUGCCAUAGAAGAAGAAAAGGAUUUGGAAAUGAAGCUUUUUAUUGGUGGGGUUGUACACAACAAUGAGGAUACUCCUCUCAAGGAUGAUUUUGUACGUCUUCCAGCAGUAAUAAAAAAUAUGGAAAAAGAUUCUUUUGUCUUCAAUUUUGCUGGCAAAAAUAUAGACUAUGGUAUCAAAGAAGAUAAAGCUCCCAAUAUCAAAGUGGCCGCUUUGGCAGCUCAAGGAGUCUCGGAGCUUAUGCCUCCUGAUGUUGCUAAUGCAUUUUGGAGUUCCGACAAAGUGUCUUCCAAGAUCUCCAAAAGCAUGCGUGAUAUUGUCAGAGUUGCUAUGAGUCAAGCUCAUAAAAGAACUAGAUUAUCUGGGGAUACAUAUUUUAACCGGAUUACCUGUUCAAGAGGGGAUUCUGAUCCUUUUGAUGGACUCUAUGUUGGCGCAUUUGGCCCUUAUGGCAUGGAAGUGGUUCAUUUGAGGCGAAAAUUUGGACAUUGGAAUGAAGGGGACAGUGAAAAUAAUACUUCAGAUGUCGGAUUCUUUGAGUAUGUAGAGGCUGUGAAGUUAACUGGGGAUCUUAAUGUUCCUGCUGGCCAGGUGACAUUCCGUGCAAAAAUUGGCAGAGGCAAUCGCAACACCAAUCGUGGGAUGUAUCCUGAUGAUUUAGGAGUGGUUGCUAGUUAUAAAGGCCAGGGGAGAAUAGCUGACUAUGGUUUUCGAAAUCCAAAAUGGGUCGAAGGGGAACUGCUCCAACUUAAUGGCAAGGGCAUGGGACCUUACAUGAAAGGUGCAGACCUCGGCUUCCUUUAUGUAGUACCUGAACAAAGUUUUCUAGUGUUAUUCCACCGGUUGAAACUACCCGAGUAAGCCAUGGUUGAUGCUAUGCUACUCCUGUAUAAUAUGUCAUCUGAUGCGGGGUGGAACAUGAAAGAUUCUGACACUUGCACGAGAUUUUAUGUUACACUUUUUUCCAGUGGUAGUUAUACCCUACAGGCAGGCACUUGUUUUGUUUUUCCUAGCCCUUCUGAGUUCAUUUUUUGUUAAUCCUUUUACCAAUCUCUUUACUAUCUGUCAUAUUGUGUAUAUAAAUUUUGCCGACUAAUAUAGUAGUAUGCUAGGAACUCUGGAAGUACCGUAAGGGAUCUUUUACGUGCAUAAUGUGGAAUAUGUCUGUGUGUGCCUCCUUUCUGGUUUGGAUUUCUCGUUUGUGGAAGUCCGACAUAGUCUGCUUGUAUGAAAAUGAGCAAAUAAUACUUGAAUUUCUUCCCCGUGGCAAUUUAUCCACAGAUAUUGUUA